GAACACAGGUGGAUCCCUGAGGCUCCAGAUCUCCCAAGCUGCAGUGAGGGAGGGGAGCAGUUGGAGGGCCUUUGGGCUGGGGAAACCAGGGGAUGGACACUAAGCACAGGGGCAGGAGAGUGAGGCAGAGAAAGGCAGGCCUUGGACGUCAGGAGGGCUUGUGUGCGCACAACACAAGUGUCCCGAGCCACGGCUGACAAAGACCCCCUUGGUGACACACAAACACACUGCCAGGGCCUGGGUGCUUCCUGGAGGAGGGGGACCAGAAAAGGCAGCUCCCUCAGGACCCAGGGGGUGAGGAGGGGCCCAAAGCGUGGGAGGGAGCAAGAAAGACCAGCUAGUCAGGCUGCCCACAGAUACCAGGACCUUCUGUCGCCUUCAGAGGAGCCACCAGAGGCCCCCACCAACGUUUAUAGCCUCCAGAGUCAUGUCCCAGUCAGAUGAACUGGCUGGAAGCAAAGCUUUGUCAACCUGCUUUUAAGCAGAAAGGCCAUGAAGAAGCCCAAGUCGAAGCCUGAAUCUCAUCCAUGCCGCCAGUCAUUAGGCAGAAAGGCCUCUGGGAGAGCUUCUUCCACACCCUCUUAGCUCACCCCUUUCAGAUACCAGGCUGUGGUCCUCACACAGGGAAAAUGACCCUGCUACUGGCAGAACUGGGAGACAAUGCCCUAGGGUCCUCAAAUACGGGCCUUUCCAAGGUACCAGUCUGUUUCCUACACAGUGAUUUUCAAGAACAGUGGCCCACAAAUACCAGAGAACACGCAUCUCCAAACCCACUGCUCUACUGCCCACAUGUGGUAAAGACCGGUGACUCACUCAGGUUUCAUCCAGUCCCACACCCGGAUUCUCAUACUUUUUCAAAUACAGGUUGACGAGGGCUUCCUUUGGUCACAUCUAGCUCAACAACUUAGACAUGUUCCUUGGAGUGAGUGUGUAAAGGAGGGCCCUUGAAAAGCACCUAACCCAUAAAAUCAUUCGAUGGGCCUGCCAUCUGGGUAACAGAGAACAGGUCCACAGUGGUGGUGGGGACAGGGGCAGGGGUGGGGAAGAUCAGAGCUGGCCUUGGAGAGGACCAGUGAAGUGGCUGUUUUCAACAGAACUGGCUGUACCUUGAGCCCCCGAUCAAGUCCUUCAAAGGGAAGGUACCCAAAGUGACCCAAAUUGGACAUGGAUUGCCAGGACCAGGGGUAGCAGAAGCCCAACCACCCCACUGAGGAAAGGAAACAGGGCUUUUGAAACAGCCUGCAGGGAGGCUGAAUCUGAGGCUCUGGGAAGGGGAUGGGAAAAGCACAUGUGUUCCCAAAGUGAAUACUCUAGGGCCACCAAAGUGGUGUUUAUGGGAAAAAUUGGAAACUGAAGACAACAGUCUAUCAUCUGCAGUGGGAUGAUACCUGUGUGUGGGCAGAGCUCGGGAGGCUGUGAGCUCAGCGGAGCACCUAGCUUUGCCCUCCCACACGACAUCCUGGGGAAUCUGUGUCUCAGGUGCUUGGGAACAGUCAAGUGGAAUAUGAGGUCGCUCCACUGUGCUCGAGCACAGCCCUACUAUGGGGAGAGCUCGACCUGGGGGGCGGUGGGGGCAAGACAACAGGACUCUGGCUUUGGGGCCAACUGAGCGGGACCAACCAACCAGCAGCACCAGCCAGAAGACAACAAAGCUAGAAGAGGGGGAAGGAUGGGGGAGCCACCAACUCAGGUAAGGGAAAUCAGCCUGCUACGGACCCCAUCUUCUGGGAGGGACAGUCACCAGGGGCCCAUCUGACUCCUGGGAUCUCUCUUGGUGGUAGCAGACCUAGGACUCGCUAGGGCCUGGCCCUUCAGCAGAAGCCAGCCACAGGCCUGUAUGUUGUUAGUGAGGGGAGUGAAGUUAGGGACACAUUUGUCAACCCAGCCAGGGCCUGGCCCCUGAAACAAUGUGCCUGGCAGCAGAAGGGAGCCCUUGUAGGCAACCUGAAAAAUACUUUUCUGUACUGUCAGACAACAGCCAAGCUGGGGAUCCCAUCUCCAUCCCCGGACCCCCUCCCCCACACAGGUCCAGGGCUGCCUCUCCACAUAACCUCUGUGACAUCAUGAAACAGUUAAGGAAGCUGACCACUUAAUUGGCUGCCUGUCCCAUGACCCAGAUUCUAGAAUCUCCAGAGAGUAUUUAUGGGGCACCCCGACCAUGGUCUGAGGCCCGUUUUCCCUGAGCACUUGCUGCUUGGAUAGAUAAUGCUCCUUAGCUAGACUGGCUCCAUGGCUAGUCAGAGUUCCCAUGAGUCACGGGCAGCCCUGCUGAUCCUAUCAACUGACGGGGAGCCUGCAGCAGGGGACACCCGUGAUUCCUCCCCAGAUCCAACCCUGGAUUCAGGGGAGGCUUUGGAGAAGAAGGGUGACCAGCCCAAGAGCCCAGAUCCAGGCCUCCAUGACAAUCCACGCCCACAGGGCCCGAACCCAGAAAUGGCCAAAGAGGAAGAGAACAACGCCAUCCUUGGGCUGUCCUUCCCCAGGAAGCUCUGGAGGAUUGUGGAGGAUGCAGCCUUCACCUCUGUGCACUGGAACGAUGAGGGAGAUACAGUGGUCAUCGAGGCAGAUCUCUUCCAGAUAGAGGUACUCCAGCGCAGAGGCAUGGACCAGAUCUUUGAGACAGACAGCAUCAAGAGCUUCAUCCGUGAACUGAACCUGUACGGGUUCAGGAAAGUCCGCCCUUCGAGUCACUCUGCAGGGAAGAAGCUCCUGAUCUAUCGAAACUCCAAUUUUCAGAGAGACAAGCCUCUGCUUCUGCAGAACAUCCAGAGGAGAGGCAACCCCAGAACAACUUCUCAGCCUGCCACUGGCACAACAACAACUCCAAAGAGAAAGAAACGAGUGGUGGCAACCAGACACUCUCCUCAAUUCCACCACAACGAGUUCACCCAAAAGGCUGGCAACAAAGUCCAGAAGGGGAUGCCAACUGCUCGCAGAACCCCCAGCCAGUGCUCAUUUGUGUUUUCUGACCUUUGGUCUGUGGGCAGUGUAGCCAAGUGGGCUGGGGGAAACCAUCUCCCCAAUGAGCAGGGUGGCCCCAGCAGGGCGGCUGGAGAGGGCACAUCCAGCAAUGCCAUAUCUGUGCCCUCGGCUACUGCUGAAAGGGACAGCCCAGGGAAACUGCCCGAGAGCCCCCCAGUGUACCCAGAACACGAAUCAGUGAUGACUUUGUACAACACCUGUUACUCCAUCCUGAUGGCGGGCCUUUUAGUCAUGGAACCAGAUGAGGCCCCUGAAGCGGAGGAUGAGCAGGGAGAAUCCUCAGAUUAUAAGUGUGUCCUCUGUGAGCAGCUCAAGAACAAGCCCAAUCCCUGAGCUGCCAGAUCUCUAGGGACACUCAAAAGCACUCUCUUAUAAUUAAAAAUAGAUUUCUGGCUCUAAUAAAGUCAAGCAAAACUCCUUUGGAGUAAAUAAACAAUCAAACGAGAACUACGAGUCUGUGUUCUUUCUAUCUGUCCAUUGUAUUCACACAUGGAACAGGGUGAGCUCGAAGAGGCUGGAAGCCCAUGCCCCAGGCAAUCUUCAGUCUUGUCCCCAUGGUCCAUUUUCAUCUGAAACAGCAGCAUUUCACAGGCUCAUCCAAGGGUCUGACCCAUGAGCCGAGUGCUGAGGGGAACCCAGGAUGGACUGGUCCCUGGGCCUUGCCUGCUGCUCAGCAGAUGGCUCAGCUGGGCUCCUGACCUCGGGUGUGUCACCUUCCAUGAGUCAUACACCCUGCAGCAGAAGAGGCUCCUCAAGGAUCCCCCAGUGAUGCCACAAGUUUCUGAUCAGCAGCUGAGCAUCCCAGCUCCCUAUCCAGGGGCCUCCUCAAGAGGCUCACUGGAAAGCAGGGUCACCCCAGCCACUAAGUGCCUUGCAAACAUAUUACCCCAAAGCCAAAGACAAGUACAAGGUUUCCACAAGGUGAACACCAGCCCUUGU